GGUCAAGGUUCUCCCCAGCUGCUGGGACACUAAGCAACUAACAAUUGCAAAUGCUCUUUUGAAGUUCUCUUAACAUGGGUCUUUGAUAUAUUUGAAGCAGUUGUCUCUUCAGUAGCAGCUUCGGUGCAGAUACUUCAAACAAAAUUAUGGAACUUCAAAGACAGAAUUUAAAGACAACAUCGUCAUUUUCUUUAGGACAAUUUCACAUUUCUGAAGACUGUGGUUUUCUUCUUCCAAAACCUCUGAAAGAACUUUCAGAUCAUUAUAGGCCCUGGAUGGAAAUUGCCAGCAAACUUUCUGACUUGAUUGAGAGUCACCAGCUUCGAGCUCACGUGAACGAGAUGCCCCUCCUGAGCUGCCAGUUUCUCAAGAGUUACAGGGAACAGCGCCUGGCUCACCUGGUCCUGAGCUUAAUUACCAUGGGCUAUGUCUGGCAGGAAGGAGAGGCACAGCCUGCAGAGGUUCUGCCAAGAAACCUUGCCCUUCCCUUUGUGGAAGUCUCCAGGGACUUGGGGCUCCCACCUAUCCUGGUCCACGCAGAUUUGGUGUUGACAAAUUGGACUACAAGGAAUUCUGAAAGGCCCCUGGACAUCAGGAACUUGGACACCAUUUUCUCAUUGCCUGGGGGAGAAAGCCUGCGUGGUUUUAUACUGGUGACUGUUUUGGUAGAGAAAGCAGCCGUACCUGGGAUUAAGGCACUUGUUGAAGCAAUGAAUGCCAUGCUGCAGCCCAGCCAGGACUCCCUGCUGCAAGCCCUGCAGCGGCUGAGACUCUCCAUUCAGGACAUCACCAGAACCUUAGGACAAAUGCACGAUUAUGUAGAUCCAGACAUAUUUUAUGCAGUCAUCCGGAUCUUUCUCUCUGGAUGGAAAGAUAACCCAGCAAUGCCUGUGGGAUUGAUAUAUGAAGGAGUCUCCACGAAGCCCCUGAAAUACUCUGGAGGGAGUGCAGCUCAGAGCACAGUGCUUCAUGCCUUUGAUGAGUUCUUGGGCAUUCACCAUAGCAAGGAAAGUGGUGACUUUCUGCUCAACAUGAGGGACUACAUGCCACCUUCUCAUAAAGCCUUCAUAGAAGCCAUCCAGUCAGGUCCUUCACUGAGGGACCAUGUCCUAUCCUCCGAGAAUGGCCCACUCCUGACAGCCUAUAACCAGUGUGUGCAGGCCCUGGCAGACCUGCGCAGCUAUCACAUAACCAUGGUGACCAAAUACGUUAUCACAUCUGCAGCCAAAGCAAAAGGCAGGAAGCUAAGCCAUCUCCCAGGGCCACCUCAGGCCUUAGAAGACAGGGGCACAGGAGGAACCACAGUUCUGAGCUUUCUAAAGAGUGUCAGAAAUAAGACUUUAGAAGGAAUCCUCCCCCAAAGUGGGUAAGAAAGGCCUCUCCUGGUGAUGCCAAACCAGCAAAUGCCCUACCAGAGGGCAGAUGGGCCUGGAGAAUGAAGGUCAGGGUAUGUCUGGAAUAACCCAGAAUCGACCUCAGCUUGUUCCUGUUCCUGUUUUAUAGAACUUCAUCUUCUUCUUUGUUGAGACCUGUUGGCCUUCACAGAGGAGAAUUUUCAUGACCAUAAAUUUUGUUUUCUCCACAUGAUCACUGGAUGGUAGCAAAUAAUUUCAGAUACUCCCUCAUUAAGAAAUCUAUAAAGGAGCAAGGGGCCCUUACCAGUUUAGCUAGAUGGAUGGAGCAUUGGCCUGCGGACUGAGAGGUCCUGGGUUUGAUUC